AGUAUUGAUCAGCUUAUUGACAACACGGUGCCGGCUCGGAUCCGCCUGAGGCGGCCGCUGAGGAUGGAGGACGCUGUGUGUGAAAAUGAAAUCCUCAGUGUUCUACACAAGAUUUCAAGCAAGAAUAAAAUCUGGAGAUCCUACAUUGGAAUGGGCUAUUACAACUGCUCGGUGCCACAAUCAAUUCUCCGCAACCUGCUAGAAAAUUCAGGAUGGGUUACCCAGUACACUCCGUAUCAGCCUGAGGUGUCUCAGGGCAGACUGGAGAGCUUGCUAAACUACCAGACCAUGGUGUGUGACCUCACCGGAAUGGAUGUGGCCAACGCUUCCUUGUUGGAUGAGGGAACGGCUGCAGCAGAGGCGAUGCAAUUGUGCCACAGGCUCAACAAACGCAGAAAGUUCUUCGUGGAUGCUCAUUGCCAUCCUCAAACAAUUGCAGUUGUGCAGACACGAGCAAAUUACAUAGGAGUCACGACAGAGUUGAAAUUGCCCCACGAGAUGGAUUUCAGCAGGAAGGAUAUCAGUGGUGUGCUGUUCCAGUACCCAGAUACUGAGGGAAGAAUUGCCGAUUUUUAUGAACUUGUUGACCUCGCACAUCAAAACGGGGCCUUGGCGUGUUGUGCAACUGACCUCCUAGCGUUGUGUGCACUGAGACCUCCUGGAGAAUUUGGUGUUGAUAUUGCCCUUGGUAGCUCACAGAGGUUUGGUGUACCACUGUCUUAUGGAGGCCCGCAUGCAGCUUUUUUUGCUGUCAGGGAAAACCUUGUGAGAAUGAUGCCAGGAAGGAUGGUGGGGGUUACCAGGGAUGCAGCUGGAAAAGAAGUGUAUCGUCUAGCACUGCAGACGAGGGAGCAGCACAUCAGGAGGGAUAAAGCUACCAGUAACAUCUGCACCGCCCAGGCACUUUUGGCCAACAUGGCAUCAAUGUUUGCUGUUUACCAUGGUCCAAAUGGAUUGAAACACAUCGCAAAGAGAGUGCACAAUGGUACCUUAAUUUUAGCUGAAGGUCUGAAGCGUGCUGGGCAUAAAAUACAGCAUGAAUCAUUCUUCGACACACUGAAGAUCCACUGUGGCGUAGCUACCCAGGAGAUAAUUGACAGGGCUGCCCAACGGCAGAUCAACCUCCGUGGAUACGGUAACUGCAUGCUGGGGGUGUCCUUGGAUGAGACUGUGAAUGAGAGAGACCUGGAUGAUCUGCUGUGGGUCUUCGGCUGCGAGUCAUCUGCUGAGUUGAUAGCUGAAAGCAUGGGAGAUGAACCAAAAGGUAUCUUUGGCACGCAGUUUAAGAGGACAAGCAAAUUCCUUUCACAUCCAGUAUUCAACAGUUAUCACUCAGAGACAAAUAUUGUCCGGUACAUGAAGAAAUUAGAAAAUAAAGAUAUUUCUCUAGUUCACAGCAUGAUUCCUCUGGGAUCCUGUACGAUGAAGCUAAACAGCUCCUCUGAGCUUACUCCUAUCACUUGGCCUGAAUUUGGAAAUAUCCAUCCCUUUGUGCCUCUGGAUCAAGCACAAGGCUACCAGCAGUUAUUUCAUGAACUGGAACGGGACCUGUGCGAAAUAACAGGCUAUGAUAAAAUCUCCUUCCAACCUAACAGUGGUGCGCAGGGUGAAUAUGCUGGAUUGGCUGCAAUUAAGGCUUACUUAACUGCAAAAGGAGAACAUCACAGAACUGUCUGCCUUAUUCCAAAGUCUGCUCAUGGCACCAACCCAGCCAGUGCACAGAUGGCAGGAAUGAAAAUCCAGCCCGUUGAAGUAGACAGGAAUGGAAGCAUAGAUGUUGCGCAUUUGAAAGCGAUGACCGACAAGCACAAAGACAAUCUGGCUGCCAUAAUGAUCACUUAUCCUUCCACGUAUGGAGUAUUUGAGGAGAACAUCAGCGACGUGUGUGAGUUGAUCCACAAGCAUGGGGGACAAGUCUACCUCGAUGGAGCAAACAUGAAUGCACAGGUGGGCCUUUGCCGUCCUGGUGAUUACGGAUCUGAUGUUUCUCACCUUAACCUGCACAAAACCUUCUGCAUUCCCCACGGAGGAGGUGGACCUGGAAUGGGACCCAUUGGAGUGAAGAAACAUCUUGCGCCAUACUUGCCAAGUCAUCCCGUGAUCCCUCUGGUCUCCGAUAGCGAUGCUCGUCCUUUGGGUACAAUCAGUGCUGCCCCAUGGGGCUCCAGUGCCAUUCUACCAAUCUCAUUGGCCUACAUUAAGAUGAUGGGUGCAAACGGACUUCGCCACGCCACUGAGAUUGCCAUCCUGAAUGCAAACUACAUGGCAAAGAGGUUAGAAACGGUGUACAAGAUUGUUUUCAGAGGAGCAAAAGGUUACGUAGCCCACGAGUUCAUCUUGGACGUGCGACCAUUCAAGAAAACUGCCAACAUUGAGGCUGUUGAUGUUGCCAAGAGGCUGCAAGAUUACGGAUUUCACGCUCCCACCAUGUCUUGGCCAGUCUCUGGUACCUUAAUGAUCGAGCCAACUGAGUCUGAGGACAAAGCGGAGCUGGACAGAUUCUGUGACGCAAUGAUAAGCAUCCGGCAAGAAAUAGCGGACAUCGAGGAGGGCAAAAUGGAUAUCCGGGUGAAUCCGCUAAAGAUGGCUCCACACACGUUGGCUUGCAUCGCUGCGUCUAAUUGGGACCGUCCAUACUCUCGAGAACAAGCGGCAUUCCCAUUGCAAUUUGUGAAACCAGAAACCAAAUUUUGGCCGACAAUUGCUCGAAUUGAUGACCUCUAUGGAGACCAGAACUUGGUGUGCUCCUGUCCGCCUAUGGAAGCCUACGAGUCCCCCUUCGCAGAGCAGAAAAGAGCCUCAUCAUAAGACUCAUCUCAGUUUGAUUUUUGCAGCUAUUGGGUUCAGCAGAUGAAUAUUAUCAAGAAGUCCAGUCUGCGAUUCAUUUUAUUUCAAAAUCAAGUCAACUGUCUCAGUUUGUAAUGAAACAGCUGCAACUCUUUUUUGUAAAGAAUAAACACUAUGGCUAAGCCACACGCAAGCUGUAUUCAGUGCCUCAAAUUAAGCAGCAUUGAGUUAUGGAAGUGGCCUUGAUCCUGUGCACUUUUUUCUAGACUCAACUGAGAGCUGCUCCGGUUGCAGAUGUGAUUGAACUGUAAUGUAUUGUGCCCAUCGCGCUUUUGGAACAGGGAGCAGAUAAUGAUAUCAUGUGCAUCUUUGGCCCAGCCACAUAAAGCAGCCCAAGAAGGUAGUAUUUUUAAUGUGUUUAUGUUUGGGGCAAAGCAAGAUGUUCUUGUGUGUAAUUUGUCAUUGCUUCUAUAACUGUAACCAGCAUCUCCUGGUUUAUAUAAAACUAUUAAAAACAAUGUAUAUUUUAA